AUGAAAGCCCAUGGAAUUCGAGCUACAGCUGCCUCUCCGGGCUUGAGCCGAACCUUCUACCAGGAAAGGCCUCAGACUCCUUGGGGCCUUUUUGGAGAUUUCCGGAGCCUUCCUGCAAUUUCUGGUCUCGGCUCCUCCCUGGCGCUUCCACGGAGGGCCUGGCUCAGGUGGAGGGUUUGCAGGCACGCCCGGCGGCGGCGCCGAAGUCGUUUCGCAGACACUACAAAGGAGGCUUCGAUCCCAUCGACUGAUCCGGAGGAGGAGGCAAAUGUAUUGGUGACAGAUCCCCCUGGGCCGAUCUUUGUCUUCUGGGACUUGGACAACAAGAAGUUGCCGCCAGAUGUCAGCUUGGCAACUGCCGUAGCCGCACUUCAGGAGAGGUUCCUCCGCACCGGCCCGCAAGCCGUUCACCUGUAUGCGAGCUACAAAACUGUGAAAUUCCUGGGCCGGCACGACUACGACAUCCUUCAGUCGGCACUUGCGAGUGCUUGGUCGCAAGACUUGCAUGAGUUUCUGGAGGCUUUCACAGAAAAGGCACCCCAUGGGGUCCGCAUGAAGUUGGUCCAUGACGGGGCGGAAGAGCAAAGUCCUGCUUCCGUGACUAUCACGCCUGCAGAGCCACAAGCUGCUGACUGCCUCCUUGUGCGUGAUCUGCUGAGGUUAGUGGCUCCCAUAUCAGCAGAAACCUCCUGUGGCACUGUGUGCAUCAUCUCGGACGAUUCAGAUUUUGCUAAGGUCAUUCUGGAUGUGCACCACAGCGGCUGGAAGGUAGCUGUGGCUAGCCAACCCAACAGCUGGACCCUCCGACGGCGCAGCGAUUUCUGGAUGGAUUGGACGGACUUUCAUGCAAGCCUGCCCGGCGCUGUUUGCGCCGAGCCCGGCUACAUUCUACGCGAAAUGGAAAGCCUGCGAGGCAACGUGGACAUCUCUGCUCAUGCAGUUGCAAACAGCGACAAUCGUGUUCGCAGAGACAUCAACAGGGACCAGCGCGGCCGCGAGCGAUGA